UCUAUUGUACGGAAUUUGAAAGUACGGUCAGCUGGCGGAAGUUCCUGCGAGAGGCGAGCUUUAGAUACUUCAGAGUGGUUUCUGUUAUUGAUAUCCCCCAAUAUGAAAUGUACGGCACCCCGUUCGUCUAUAAAAGCCGUCAUUAAGAAACAAAACCCCGACCUACGAAUGGAAACCAAUGUGGAUUUACUGAUUCAUUUAAACUGCCUGCUGUUUCUUCAGAGGUUGGCCACUGAGUCGCGGUUAAAGGCAUUCGAGGAAAGGUCCACAUCAAUAAAGCCGGAACAUAUCAAAGCAAUCGCGAAGAUGGUUUUAAAAAAAUCCAAAGGCUGAAAACAAGCUUGCUGUCCAAAGGAGAAAUAAAGAAGCCAUUUACUGUCAUAAUGAAUUUUAUUAUUGUUUUACAUGUAAUCUAAAAAUACAUUCUUUUUUUUAGCACUUUAGUUUUGUAAAACUAAUAUGUAGAUUUUUUUUUUUUCUUGUAUGUUGUGCAACAAACUGGGUGAUACCACCAAUCGUAUUUUGUAAUACAACGGAUGCUAGAUUACUCCUCAAAAUGGGCCUGUUGGUUCUAGAUACAUCCCAAUAGAGCUUCUCAAAUACUGACCAUUCUACUGGCAAUCAAAUGGAUAAUUCUGGAAAUAACAAACAUAUUUACUUU